AUGGGGGUCACGCUCGGCACCGGCUCCUUCGGCCGCGUGCGCUUCGCCACGCAUAAAGCGACCAACUCGUACUGGGCCAUCAAGAUCCUCAAGAAGGCCGAGAUCAUCCGGCUGCAGCAGGUCGAGCACAUGCUGUCGGAAAAGUCCAUCCUGCUGUGCUUGGACCACCCGUUCAUCGUCAACCUCGCAGGCACGUACCAGGACACCAAGUACCUGUACAUGGUGCUCGAGUACGUGAUCGGAGGCGAGUUCUUCACGCACCUGCGGAAGGCCGGGCGCUUUGACAACAACACGGCAAAAUUCUACGCAGCUCAGGUCGUGUCCAUCUUCGACUACAUGCACAGUCAGGACUUCAUCUACCGCGACUUGAAGCCGGAGAACCUCUUGCUGGAUAACGAGGGCUACAUCAAGAUCACGGACUUCGGCUUCGCCAAGCGCGUGGCGUUCAAGACGUACACGCUCUGUGGCACGCCCGAAUACAUCGCGCCGGAGGUCUUACUGAACAAGGGUCACGGCAAGGGCGUGGACUGGUGGACGCUCGGCAUCUUGCUCUACGAAAUGCUCGCAGGGCAGCCGCCCUUCUGCGACGACGACCCCAUGGGCAUCUACCAGCAGAUUCUCUCAGGCAAGCUCAACUUCCCGCGUUUCUUCGACCGCAACGCCAAGGGACUUAUCAAGCGAAUGCUUACGGCCGACCUUACCAAGCGAUACGGUUGCCUCAAGAACGGUGUAGAGGAUAUCAAGAAGCACAAGUUCUUCGCCGGCGUCAACUGGGAGGACCUCUUAGCGCGCAAGGGUGCAGCACCAAUUAUCCCACGUGUCGGGACGGCCAACGACACGUCCAAUUUCGACCCGUACCCUGACUCGAUGGAGGAUGCUAUCGUCCCCGUUUACAACGGCAAGGAUCCCUUCGCCGAGUUUUAG